GAGUCGCUCGCUGGCGACGGCGAAGAUGGCGGAUCUCGCCGGAAACGGAGGGGGUGGAGCGGGAGAGGUCACGUCGGAGGGGAUGAGGUAUGUGCCGGAGCUGCCUUUCUCCUAUGUUUGACUGACAUCAGAAGAAGAGAAGAGGAAAACAAAUGUCGCCAUCAGUUGAUCAGAAUGUUGCUGCCCAUUAAGUGGACACGAGAAAGGAUGGGAGGAGAGGAUCCAACAGAGGAUAGAUAGGGCGGGCUCCCCCCUCCACACAAGCCAAGACAAUCUCUAGCACUCAUUUUUCAUUCUUAUUAGCACGCACCGAGCCACAAGUUUCAGACAAGGGAUAUACUGCCGCCAUCCUGGACAGGCAAACAAAGCCCUCUCCUCUUGUUUGCACUUCAUCUUUUUAGUAGCACAAGCUCAGGGAGAGGGGAGACAGAAGGGAAGAGAAAUGGCGGCGGCGAGUGUCUCCCUGAAGAGCAGCCUCUUCCUAUCUUCCCCUCUUUCCGACUUCGGCGGCGCAGCCAUCUCCAUCUCAGCCCAGAAUAGGAGAAGGUCAUGGCAGCCAAGGGGGGCGAGAAUGCAGGUGGCAGCAGCUGCAGACUCCAAGAACAUUCUGAUCAUGGGGGGCACCAGGUUCAUCGGUCUCUUCCUCUCCAGGAAACUUGUCCAGGAGGGACACCAGGUCACAUUGUUCACCAGAGGAAAGGCACCCAUAACCCAGCAGUUGCCAGGUGAAUCAGAUGCAGAGUAUGCAGAGUUCUCUUCCAAGGUGCUGCAUUUGAAAGGUGAUAGGAAAGACUUUGAUUUCGUCAAGACCAGCCUUUCUGCUAAGGGCUUCAAUGUCGUCUAUGAUAUUAAUGGGCGUGAGGCCACCGAAGUAUCCCCCAUACUAGAAGCGUUGCCGAACCUGGAACAGUUUAUCUAUUGCUCAUCGGCAGGAGUCUACCUUAAAUCAGACCUGCUCCCACACUUUGAGACCGACGCCGUGGACCCGAAAAGCCGGCAUAAGGGAAAGCUGGAGACAGAGAGCCUUCUAGAGACGAGCGGCGUGAACUGGACGUCCAUCAGGCCGGUCUACAUCUACGGCCCUCUCAACUACAACCCCGUGGAGGAGUGGUUCUUCCACCGGCUCAAGGCUGGUCGCCCGAUCCCCAUCCCUAACGCUGGGAACCAGAUCACCCAGCUCGGCCACGUCAAGGAUUUGGCGACGGCGUUCAUCAAGGUCCUCGGCAACCCCAAGGCGAGCAAGCAGGUGUACAACAUCUCCGGCAGCAAGUACGUCACCUUCGACGGGCUAGCACGGGCAUGCGCUAAGGCUGGAGGGUUCCCUGAGCCGGAGAUCAUCCACUACAACCCCAAGGACUUCGAUUUCGGCAAGAAGAAGGCCUUCCCCUUCAGAGACCAGCAUUUCUUCGCGUCGGUGGAGAAGGCCAGCAAGGACCUCGGGGUUACGCCGGAGUACGACCUCCUCGACGGCUUGACGGACUCGUACAACCUUGACUUCGGCCGCGGGACCUUCAGGAAGGAGGCCGACUUCACCACGGACGACAUGAUCCUCGGCAAGAAGCUCGUGAGCGUGUGAGCCGACCUGAGGCGUGCAUGGUUGGGCACAUGGCUCAUGGCAGCGCAAAGCGUGUGGCAACUGCGUGUGCGGUGUGCAUAUGUAGCACAGGGAAGACGAUCUCAGUUUUGGGAUAUAGGUUGAGGUUCACUCAUCCGAUGAAAUGUACUGCUGACGCCUAAUUCUCUCGUGGCAUUCGGUGUAUUUCGGUUCAGUUUAUACUGUUUAUAACAAUAUCAGUUUUCUAAGAA